GUGGGGGUUCCAACCCAUUCCAGCACCUGGAGAAGAGUGCAGUCUUGCAAGAGGCACGAGUGUUUAAUGAGACUCCCAUAAACCCACGAAAAUGUGCUCAUAUCCUCACCAAGAUCCUGUAUCUCAUAAACCAGGGGGAGCACCUUGGUGUCAUGGAAGCUACCGAAUCCUUUUUUGCUAUGACCAAGCUGUUUCAGUCAAAUGAUCCAACUCUUCGCAGGAUGUGUUACCUGACUAUCAAAGAGAUGUCUUCUAUUGCAGAAGAUGUAAUCAUUGUUACCAGCAGCUUAACCAAAGACAUGACUGGGAAGGAUGACAAUUACCGAGGCCCUGCUGUGAGAGCACUCUGUCAAAUCACUGAUAGUACCAUGUUGCAGGCCAUCGAGCGCUACAUGAAGCAGGCGAUUGUUGACAAAGUGCCAAGUGUCUCCAGUUCUGCUCUGGUGUCCUCCUUGCACCUGCUGAAGACCAGUUAUGAUGUGGUAAAACGCUGGGUGAAUGAGGCUCAGGAGGCAGCUUCCAGUGACAACAUCAUGGUGCAGUAUCAUGCUCUGGGCUUGCUCUACCAUGUGCGGAAGAAUGACCGCCUGGCAGUCAACAAGAUGCUCAGCAAGUUCACACGCCACGGCCUCAAGUCACCGUUUGCCUACUGCAUGAUGAUUCGGGUAGCCAGCAAGCUGCUGGAGGAAGAGGCUGGCAGCCGCGAUAGCCCCCUGUUUGAUUUCAUCGAGAGCUGCCUAAGAAACAAGCAUGAGAUGGUGGUCUAUGAAGCUGCAUCUGCCAUCGUUAAUCUGCCCAACUGCACUGCCAAAGAGCUGGCUCCGGCUGUCUCCGUUUUGCAGCUGUUCUGCAGCUCCCCGAAAGCAGCACUGAGAUAUGCAGCUGUCCGUACCCUCAACAAGGUGGCCAUGAAGCACCCAUCCGCUGUGACUGCCUGUAAUCUAGACCUGGAGAACCUUGUGACGGAUUCCAACCGCAGCAUAGCCACCCUGGCCAUCACCACACUGCUGAAAACGGGCAGUGAGAGCAGCAUUGACCGGCUCAUGAAGCAGAUCUCCUCUUUCAUGUCAGAAAUCUCAGAUGAGUUCAAAGUUGUAGUGGUGCAGGCCAUCAAUGCACUGUGUCAGAAGUACCCUCGCAAACAUGCCGUCCUCAUGAACUUUCUCUUCACUAUGCUUCGGGAAGAGGGUGGCUUUGAAUACAAGCGAGCCAUCGUGGACUGCAUCAUCAGCAUCAUUGAGGAGAACUCGGAGAGCAAAGAGACAGGCCUGUCUCACCUCUGUGAAUUCAUCGAGGACUGCGAGUUCACUGUGCUGGCCACUCGUAUCCUCCACCUCUUGGGGCAGGAAGGGCCCAAAACCAACAACCCCUCCAAAUACAUUCGCUUCAUCUACAACAGGGUUGUCCUGGAGCAUGAAGAAGUCCGGGCAGGUGCUGUAAGUGCCCUGGCUAAGUUUGGAGCCCAGAAUGAGGAGAUGUUACCCAGUAUCUUGGUGUUACUGAAAAGGUGUGUGAUGGAUGAUGACAACGAAGUGAGAGACAGAGCCACCUUCUACCUGAAUGUUCUGGAGCAGAAGCAAAAAGCUCUCAAUGCUGGCUACAUCCUGAAUGGUUUGACAGUGUCCAUCCCUGGCCUGGAGAGGGCUCUGCAUCAGUACACCCUGGAGCCCUCUGAGAAACCCUUUGACUUGAAAUCUGUUCCUUUGGCAACAGCUCCUAUCGUCGAGCAAAGAGCAGAAAAUGCCCCUGUUGCUGUAGUCAAACAGCCAGAGAAGGUGGCAGCAACACGGCAAGAAAUAUUCCAAGAGCAACUGGGGGCAAUCCCAGAGUUUCGGGGACUGGGCCCGCUCUUCAAGUCUUCCCCAGAGCCUGUCGCCCUGACAGAGCUGGAGACAGAGUACGUGGUUCGUUGCACCAAGCACACGUUUGUCAGCCACAUGGUGUUCCAG